GCGUACAGCGCAGAGAAGUAACCCCCCACAAAAACUUGGGUUUCACUCCUGCAGCCAUGCCAGUGUGCUUUCUGUUAACGAAAGCAGAUGUUAACGCGACACACCGUCUGGCUUUAACCAGUUGGCGACAUCCCCGCCGCGCCGCGUUUGUCUUGAGUGUGUAGGCUGGACGUAAGCUUGGCGAAAGAGGAUGGAUGGAGUCAGCUGGAGCACCACGAGGGCCCAGGAGUCGUUCAGCCGCUCGCAGACGGCAGCAGACACUCUGUCCAGGCUCGCCAACUUCAUUGCACGUGCUGAGACAAAACAGCACCCACGAAACCAGAGGCAGCAACCAUCCCACCUGUCCACGUAUGUUUGUCAAGAAUGUGGUAAGGGCUUCCCUUAUGCGACAGAUCUGCUGCACCACCAGGAACUAAAACACACGUUACCCAAGCCUCACCGCUGUCCCUCUUGUGGUCAGGAGUUCUCCCUGAAGUCGUCCUUACAGCUACAUAAGUGCGAUCGCGAUUCCUCCCCGUGUGAGCUUUGUCAUGCAGAGUCACGGCUUGGUUCUCCGUGCCCUGCAUGCACUACUCGCACGUCGGAUCCUGGCAAGUCGCCUCACCUCCUGGACAGUAGCCCCUACGCAUGUGCCCCGUGCGGUAGAGGCUUCAGCCAGAAGCAGGCUCUGCUGCACCAUCAGCAGGCUGGUUGUAGUGAACCACCAUCCCCAUCAGAUAUAGUCGAUGCCAGUAGCCUUCCAGAUGAUUCUCUGCCCGUUUCUGAGGGAGACUCGACCCGCUCUGAUUCUUCAGACACCCCGGGGCCCAGCAGCAGAGCUGUCAAUGUGUGCCAAUACUGUUCGAGAACCUUCCGCACAGAGGCUGGACUGCAACGCCAUGAACAGACCAACCACGCAGAGGAGCGGGUGAUGGCUCCACAGGGACAAAAGAGCAAAGGACAAGGUACUAGUGGAGACACGAGGAAAGGAGGGAAUACCAAGGCGAAUGGAGAUCCAAUUAAAAGGCCAAAAUCCAAAAAGACGCAUCUGAACUGUCGCUCUUGCGACAUGGUUUUCAGGAGCACCUCUAAGCUGUACCUGCACAGAAAGGAGAAGCACAGCAGAGAGAAAAAUGUUAGGAGAGAACCAAGGCCGGUGAUCAGCAAGCGCAGGAGAGGAGGCGCGUAUCCGUGUCAGGUCUGCGGAAAAGUCUUUAUCCAUCAUUUGUCACUUAAGGCACAUUACAAACAGCACGCAGGCUCAAGCUUCACCGCGGUCAAAAACAAAAGCCAGUCUGUAGGAUGCACCACCAAAGACUCCAACUUAUCGGAAAAUAGACCAAAUAAAGUAAAGACCGGCCUAGGAGAUGACAAGACUGUUAGGGCUGGUCCAGGGAGACCCAGGAAAGUGGCCAGAUUAGAUAACAAGCUUACUGAUCCAGGGAGAUGCAGAGAAGUGCCUGAAGUGGAGGAGGUGGACGACAGAGAGUUCCCGUGCCCCUCCUGUGCAGAGGUUUUCUCUCUGCAGUCGCAGCUAAAGAAGCACGUGGAGCUCCACCAGUCCUCCGUGAGGACGAGACAGUGCAGUGUGUGCACUAACGAGAUGGACACCUGUAAAUGGCCGGGCUCAAAGAGGCAGAGGCUGUACCACUGUGUGCCCUGCCAGCAGGGUUUCUCAGCACUGGACUCUUUCCUAGAACACUGUCAGGAGCACCUGCGAGUCAGGGUGGAGGAGGACAGCAUCACGGAGGGCUACACGCAUCAGGCCAGCAAAGCCUGAGGUUCAGUUUGAAUGUCGUCAUCGAAUGCCUUUUUGCCUUGAAGGGUUGGAGAGCAGAGAGUAAUGAAAUCUCUAUGAAAUUCCUGUUGAUUAACCAGUUCAUUGAUUGAGCAUUCAGAAUCUUGUUUUUAUACCUACGCUGUUGGUCUAACGUUAUCCAUAGCUACUUAUGGAGGGUUAAAGAGAAUGGAUUGUUAAAGGACCAUACCAGAGUUUUUGCAUGUUUUAUUUAGCCCUUUUACUAUAAAGUAGCGUACCAUAGCUCUUUUCAGAUUUUCAAAUGUUUUCUACAUUUUAUGCGGCCACUUGUUUCUGUUUCAGUACAGUAUGUAAAUCAGUUUGUGUGAGAUCCGUCACAGUGACCCUUUAGUUGGUUAACCUUUUCAGGUUAUCACCGCCUGUUUGUACAUUUGAAAACUGAACAUUUUAGCGUGUUCAUGUGCUUAUGGGACGCUCCUCCAUCCCAGAUUUGAGUCACUUACAGAGCAGCAUUGCAUUAACAAGCUAUGCUGUUGUGAAAAGAUGAGAAGCAAAUGUGGGCAUUGCAAAAAGCAUCGUGUGUAUGUUGUUUGCUCUAAGAUAUUGAAGUAUUUUACAAGCACUUGUGCACUCCGACCGAUAAUUAACACUUUUCAAAUUGAUCGUCAGUUUUAGCUUUAUUACAACAUGAAGAUAACGCAACUUUGACUUAACAUAAAUCUGUUGAUUUUCACACUUUAAUUAAAUACAUUUAAACCUGUGGCAGCCUGAAAAGUUGAAAAAUAAAAUAUGCAGAAACGCCAGUAUGCUUCCUUAAUAUAGUUUGGCAUAUCCACCCUGUUUUACUAGCACUGACUAUUUUGUACAGAUCAGGACCUUGUUUUCCCAAAACAUCCGAAAGCUAAGAUGAUCUUAGCCCAAAGACUUACAAUAGGACCGAGAUCAUCUUGGCCUCAUUUCCCAAAAAGCACCUCAAGGCUAUCUGCACGGUACCUUCGAGCCGGAGCGCUGCCAGAGGCGUCUUGUUUGCUAGAGUCUAUUUUUACACCAGACAUUUGGAGAGCUUUAGCUAAGUAAGGUCAGAUACGUCUUAUGCUGCAUUUUAGUUAUUUUUCUUACAAUUUUGGCAAUAAUUAGUCAGAUUGGUGUGUCACUUGCUGGACUGUCACUGUUGUGUGUUUGACCUGGGUAUUUGCAUUUGCAUUGAAUUUGUAGCACCGCUUCAAACACUCGAUGGAAAUUGAAUGCUUUGGUCAAGACCGCAAAGUCCCGCGGUAUGAAUGAAGUCAAAAAGUGUGAAAUGUUAACAUGUUUUGAGCACCUUAUGUGCUGUUUGGAGGUUCCAACAUGUGGUAGUUGUUAUUGCCAUAAUCCACAGAAUGAACAAUUUUUUUUUUUAAAUGGCUGUCGUGGAUAGUUAUACCCAACACAAUGCCUUUCAUUAUGGCCUGUCUUUUUAGCUGGCAUGUACUCGGGUGAUAUUACAUAGCUAUGCAAACAGAAAGACUGAUGGCAGCCCUUCAGUAUGUCUGUGAUGCUCGAUAAGUGCGCUUUGGUGAAUGAACAAGGAUCAACAUGGUUUCUUUUGUUUUGUUUUGUUUCAGCUAUUGUUUUCAAAGUGCUGUACUGUGAAAAUGUAGAAAAUUAUUUAAUAGGUUUUGAAGCUUCCACUUUUUCAAGGUCUUUUGUAAAUUAGUUUAUGGCUCUUUAUAGAUAAAAUUAUUAAAACCUAAUUAAAUCUU